AAACCUUAUGUAAACAUAUAGUACGCAGCAUGCCUUAUAAAUAAUUUACUAUCAUAUGAUUUUAUAACUUUAAUUUUGAGUAAUUUUUUUUUUAUUAAUUAAAAAAAAGUUGAAUAAAGAGGUUGUACAAGUAGUUUUUCUUUUUUGAAACAGCCCUAAUGUCAUACCGUUAAUACAAUUAUUGGACAUACAAAUUCUACUCCCCUGUUUGUUUUUUAAUUGCAACAGUUUGACUAUACACGCUUGUCAAUAUACAAUUUUGAUUAUUAAUAUCUUUAAUUUUGUAUUAGCAUAAACUAUAAAAUGGUGAUAUUAUGAUGAAAAAAAUUGUAACCAAUAGAUAACAUAUUACAUGACAAAAUUUUGGUAAACAUUAGUUAGUAAUACAAGUCAAUACUAUUAUAUGAAUGGUAGAAAACUCAAACAGUUGCAAAAAAAAAAAAAAAAAAAAAAAAAAAAAAAAAAAAGAAGAAAAUACAUGGUAUACUUACUUCAUAUACAAAGAAGUACGGAAUACUUCAUAAUUUAAAACGAGAUAUUUAAUCUCAUGCCUAUACUGGCUAACUCGAUUAUGCCAUUAAUCCGUGAUCACGUCACCAUAGCAAUUAAUAACAUUGUAAGUUUGUAACAGUAGUCAGUAACUAAGGCCAAAGACCAAACCACAAAAUGUCAACUACAUCCACAAACAAAACGUACACUUCCAAUUCUAGCUUAACCAUUGGUUCUCCAACUCUCUCACGCGCCUCGCGCGUGUACUUAACCAAAUAUUUUUUUCAAAAUACCAUCCAUUUUCUCUCUCCUACCCUCCUUCCUCCUUCUCUUUCUACUGUCACAAGCAUUCUCUCCUCCUCUGUUACACCAACAAAACACAACCCCAUUUCAAUUUUCUCUCUCCUCCAAAAAAAAAAAGAUGAACAACAAAGAAAAACUCAUAGUAGAAGUAAUUGGAGCCCAUAAUUUAAUGCCGAAAGAUGGAGAAGGCUCAUCAUCUCCAUUUGUAGAAGUAGAAUUUGAAAACCAGAGACUAAAAACCCAGGUUAAAUUCAAAGAUUUAAACCCUGUUUGGAAUGAAACCCUUGUUUUUCACCUCAAUGAUGUCGCUAAUCUUCCUUACAGAACGUUGGAAGUGAAUGUUUUCAACGAGAAAAGGUCGAGUAAUAGCAGGAAUUUUCUGGGUAAAGUUCGGAUUUCGGGUUCGAGUGUUGCCAAAGAAGGGGAAGAAAUGGCGCAGUUGUAUAGUCUUGAUAAGCGGAGUUUGUUUUCUCAUGUUAGGGGUGAGAUUAGUUUGAAGCUUUACGUUUCGUGUCGAAAUGACCUUGUUGUUAAUACCAAACAACUCGUUCACUUCAACAACAAUUCGAGUGAUAACCGCUCUAAUAAUGUUGGCUCUACGAAGAAUGGUGGCGAGAAUAACGUGCAAAUUGUUGGGGGUAACAAUGUCAAGAACAAUAACAACAACAACAAUAAUAACAGUAAUGGUAAGGGAAAGAAGAAAGGGGGGAAUUCCUCAGCGGCAAUGGCGGCGCAGAAUCAAAUGGGGGAUAAUAAUGGUAAUAAUGGCGGAGUUCAGCAGAAAGGUGGGGAGUUGAGUGAGUUGAAGCCGGUUGUCGUAACUACCCUUCAGAAUCCUCCGAUGGGUGGGGGCGGUGGGAGGGGUAAUUUGGGAAUAUACCCGAAUGGAAUGAUAUUGGCGAAUGAGUAUUCGUUGAAGGAGACGAGACCUCAUUUAGGAGGGGGUUUACAGAGUAAGGAUAAGACGAGCUCGACGUAUGAUUUAGUGGAGCAAAUGCAGUAUUUGUAUGUCAAGGUUGUGAAAGCAAGAGAGCUGUCCGUGUUCGGUGGAGGAGAGGUGAUUUGUGAGGUUAAAUUAGGGAAUUAUAAAGGGGUUACGAAAAGGGUGAGUUAUAAUCAUGCUGAAUGGGAUCAAGUUUUCGCGUUUUCGAAGGAUUGUAUUCAGUCUUCAAUGGUGGAAGUGUUUGUUAAAGAGAGGGAGAAGGAUGAGUAUAUUGGGCGGGUUUGGUUUGAUUUGAAUGAGGUGCCGAAAAGGGUGCCACCGGAUAGUCAGCUUGCACCUCAAUGGCAUAGGAUGGAGGAUAAAAGAGGGGAUAAGUCCAAGGCAGGUGAGGUUAUGAUUUCAAUUUGGUUUGGAACACAAGCUGAUGAGGCCUUUGCUGAGGCCUGGCACUCGAAAGCGGCUAAUGUUCAUCUUGAUGGUUUGGGUUCGAUAAAGUCGAAGAUAUACUUGUCUCCUAAGCUGUGGUACUUGAGGUUGAAUGUGAUUGAAGCGCAGGAUAUUGUGUUAGGGGAAAAGGGUGGUUCGAUAAUGAGGUAUCCGGAGUUUUAUGUGAAGGUUCAGGUCGGGAAUCAGGUUUUGAGGACUAAGGUUUCCCCUGCUGGUGCAAAUAGAGCAGUGUCUAACCCUUUUUGGAAUGAGGACUUGAUCUUUGUGGUUCCUGAGCCUUUGGAGGAUUAUGUGUUGAUAUCGGUGGAGGAUCGUAUAAUGCCGGGGCGUGAGGAGGUUGUUGGGAGAUUACUUCUUCCGUUGGCAGCUAUUGAGAGGAGGUGGGAUGAUAAGACGGUUCCCUCCAAGUGGUUCCAUGUUGACAAUCAGAAUUUUGCAUUCAGUAACCCUUCUGAUCCUUCCAAGAGUCGGUUUGGGUCGAGGAUUCAUAUUCGAGCUACAUUGGAUGGAGGGUACCAUGUUCUAGAUGAGGCGACGAUGUAUAGCAGUGACCUUAGGCCUACUGCAAAACAGCUUUGGAAGCCUCACAUUGGUGUUCUUGAGAUGGGAAUAUUAGGGGCAACAGGGCUUAUGCCAAUGAAGAUUAGGGAAGGUAAAGGGGGAUCGACGGAUGCUUAUUGUGUCGCGAAAUAUGGUCAGAAAUGGGUUCGGACAAGGACUGUGGUGGAUUCACUUUCGCCUAAAUGGAAUGAGCAGUACACUUGGGAGGUGUUUGAUCCUUGCACGGUGAUUACAGUAGGUGUGUUUGAUAAUUGCAGGCUUGAUAAGAACAUUGCUGCUGCCACAGGAGCAAGAGAUUCGCGUAUUGGGAAGGUUCGAAUUAGGCUCUCUACCCUGGAAACUGAUAGAGUGUAUACUCAUUCUUACCCUCUUUUAAUUUUGCAUGCUUCUGGAGUGAAGAAAAUGGGGGAGCUUCACUUGGCUGUGAGAUUUUCUUGUGAAAAUAUGGGAAAUAUGCUUCAUAUGUAUGCAAUGCCUUUGCUUCCUAAGAUGCAUUAUGUGAACCCUUUAUCAGUGAACCAACUAGAGAGUCUCCGGUACCAAGCUAUGAAUGUUGUAACUGCUCGAUUUAGCCGAGCAGAGCCUGCUCUGGGCCGUGAGGUGGUGGAAUACAUGCUUGAUCAUGACUCUCACAUGUGGAGCAUGAGGAAGAGCAAGGCCAACUUCUUUAGGCUUAUGAAUGUGCUUUCAGGCGUGAUUGGAAUGGCUUGUUGGGCUGAGGCAAUCCGGUCUUGGCAGAGACCUGUUUACUCUUCCUUGUUUGUGUUGGUGUACCUUCUGCUGGUCACUUUUCCGGAGCUCAUCAUCCCUACAAUGCUUAUUUACAUGGCACUUGUAGGGAUAUGGAGGUACAGGUCUAGGCCUCGACAUCCUCCUCAUAUGGACACAAGGCUUUCACAUGCAGAAAACGUGUACCCUGAUGAACUCGAUGAAGAGUUUGAUACUUUUCCUUCAACCAGGAGUUCAGAACUCGUGAGGAUGAGGUAUGACAGGCUUCGAAGUGUAGCAGGGAGGAUACAAACUGUGGUGGGAGAUAUGGCAACUCAAGGAGAGCGAUUUCAGGGAUUGUUGAGUUGGAGGGAUCCAAGAGCCACUUUCUUGUUUGUGAUAUUGUGCUUGUUUGCUGCCAUCGGGUUCUAUAUGGUUCCUAUUAAGGCUGUGGUUGCUUUGUGGGGGAUAUACUAUCUCAGGCCACCAAAGUUCAGGAGCAAACUGCCACCGCAGGUCUUCAGUUUCUUCAGAAGGCUGCCUUCCAAGGCAGACAGCUUGUUGUGAGAAGGUUUGGCUAGGUGAUAAUUAACUGAUGAUGUUCAGCUAUUUUGUAAUGUGUAAUCUGGAUAUUAUAUAGGCUUAAUUUAGAUGAGGGUAAAAGCUGACUAUUAUUUAUCUUUUGUAAUUUGGCAGUACUUAGAAUUAGUUGUGGUUGGUGGUGGCUUUUGUUUAAUGAUGUACUAAUUGCCUAGAUAUUGUAUGUAAUUAUAAUUAUGCUUUAAGGUAAUGUUAUGCUUAAAUUGAGAAUUAGGCAUCUAAUUUCCA